GGAGCGGCGGGGAUGCUGCUGCCUCUGCGCCGCCGAUCACACGCUCGGUCCGGCUGGUAGUCUGAGGGGAAAACAGCCGCAGCCAUGGCCUCGGACAUCCCCCCAGAGGCCAUCGGUUUCCUGUCGGCGGUGGGCGUCUUCAUCGUGGCGUUGGCCGUCCUCUUCCUCUUCAUCAACAAGAAGCUGUGUUUCUCGCGCAUCGGUGGGCUGCGCUGUCUGGAGCAACAUGGCCGCCGGAAUAAAGGAAGACAGGGAAUUCGUCAGGGGCUCGUGAGCAGCUACGGAGACGACGACGAUGAUGGCAGCAGCUCCUCUGACAGUGAAGACGAGGUCCUGAAGCAGUUUGAGAUCUCAGUGUCACGUUCUCAGAGUUUUCGGACAUCGGCGGCAGCAAACAGCGGCGAACAGCAGCAGCAGUCGCAGCUGUCGUUGGGUCGACGCCACAAAUUACGACUCUCAGACCAGGAGGAGGGCAGCACCGAGCCGUCAGACUGUGAAGAAAUGGAGGCUCAGAGCGAGCAGAAAGGUUUCCAGGACCCGCUCUCUGCAGCAGUGCAAGAGAGCGAGAGGGCGUCCGCGGCCUCUCUGAACAACCCUGCACUCGAGGCAGCAAGCAGCAGGGACAGUCCCGUCCCGACUAUGAACCGACAGGCCGCGGACGGCAGCGAGGACACGGAGAAGGCCGCGGAUUACAACAAAAAUGACGCCACGGACAGCUCCUCCACCUGGAGCCCAGAGCAAGAGCAUCCUCCCCAGGAUGAAGUCUCCACGCAGCCGGUCACUUCCUCCCCUCGAACCCCCAUCUCUAAAUGUGGAGACCUGGUCCUCUCCCUGGAGUACCGCCCCGACACGGAGAAGCUGCUGGUCUCCGUGAUCGCGGCCCGGGACAUCCCCGACAAGGCCCGCAGCGGCAUGGACUCGUGGCAGGUGCACAUGGUCCUGCUGCCAUCCAAGAAGCAACGCCACAAGACGACGGUGCAGAAAGGCUCGCUGCCGCACUUCAACGAGACGUUUCGCUUCUCGCGCCUGGAGCCGUCAGACCUGCACAUGUCGGCCAUAAGGUUCAGGCUGUACGCGCUCGGACCUUCUCGGAUGUCCCGUGAGAGGAUGAUGGGUGAAAAGGUGCUGCGUUUAGGUGGACUGGACCCGGACGGAGGGACGAUGGAGACGACGCUGGUCAUGGAGCCUCGCAGUAACCUCAAGAGUGUGGACUCCCAGCUGAGCCUGUCUGCUGUGUCUCAGAGCGACAGCGCCUCGUCCACUCAGUCUCUGACUCACGGCGGCGUCCCCGAGCUGCUGGUUGGUCUCACCUAUAACGCCACCACCGGACGCAUGUCUGUGGAGCUCAUCAAGGGCAGCCACUUCAGAAACCUGGCCAUCAACAGACCUCCAGACACCUAUGGGCGUCUGACUCUGCUGAACUCGGUCGGUCAGGAGAUCUCUCGCUGUAAGACGUCGGUGCGUCGCGGCCAGCCCAACCCCGUCUACAAGGAGACCUUCGUCUUCCAGGUGGCGCUGUUCCAGCUGUCUGACGUCACGCUUCUAGUCUCCAUCUACAACCGCCGCAGCAUGAAGCGCAAAGAGAUGGUGGGCUGGGUCGCUCUGGGCCAGAACAGCAGCGGCGAAGAGGAGCAGCUCCACUGGCAGGACAUGAAGGAGAGUCGAGGACAGCAGGUCUGCCGCUGGCACGUCCUGCUGGAGGCGUAACAGCACCACGACUUAGGAUUUUUUUCUUUAAAGAGGAAAGGGAGUUUAUUGUUUGCGUUGGAGAGUCUUAGAGGAACGAUUGAUUUGAUGUGCGGACAGGAUGAUGCAUGUGGUUUCAGAGGCGACGGAUUCAAGGACGUAGCUUUCUCAGAGCACGCUCCAAUAUCGUCACAUCAACAUCGAACCUGGCUGGUUAUUUGAUGUCAACAUAAGGGAUAAAUUCAUCUGCUUUUGGAGGCUGACGGAAGUUUAAAAGUUAGUUGAUGAAUAAAUAAAUCACUGAAAGAAGAAAGUCUUCAGCAAGGUUGCACGACAAAUCUAUGAAGUCUAUGAAAGUAUUUCUUUGUCAUUUAAAACCUUUAUAAAUUUAUACAGAAAUUCACUGUCCCUUAACAACAAAAAAUCUUUGUCAAAAAUCCAUCGGCCUCCAAGAGGAGCUCAGAAUUUGUCCUUCACUUAUAGCUUUUUUUGUUAAAGCAGCUCAGUUGUGAGACGAGAAGCUGCAGUUUAGUUUUUCAAGUGAAAUGCUGUGUUAGAAACUACACACAAAUUAGAGGUGUGUGCGUGCGUGUGUGACUUGUUAUUUCUAAAUCUUGCUGUUCUUUUACUAGCUGGCAAAUCAAUGGAGAUGCCGAUGAAACUGCACAAUGAAACGUUUAGUUCUGAGCAAAUGCGGACAGGAAACAGAAAGAUGCAACGUCCUGACAGUGUUAAUGAAAAUAUUAUUGUCAGAAACACAGCGGGUUUGUCUCAAACUGAACACAAACGAUGAGAAUUUUGUAUACCAACAGGUAACAUUUCCCAUAGUCGUCACAUGCAUCAGCCAUCUGUGUCAUUCAUUACAAACCACUGAUCCGUCUACACUUUUAACUUCCUAACAACCAUCGUUUGCUCCACAAACCACCUGCACUGCUCUAAUUUUGGCCUCAACUACAAAACCAGUGACUAAUCAAUUAAUACACUCAUUAAUCCGACUUGUAUGGAAUAUGUGGUGGUGAUUUUUGGCCAUUUAUGGGAAUUAAGGAAUGUCACACUCAACUUGCUUUGUUUGGUUUUACCAAAGAGUUUUAAUCUUAAAUGUUCUAAAUGUUUAAUGACAAAACUCAAUUCGGUGGUCAAACUCAUGCAAGCUCUUUGGACUGGAACAGUCAAAAAAAAUUAAGUACAUCUUUACAUUUUCAAAGAUGUAGCCAGCAAAUAUUCACUAUUUUAAUGUAUAAAUGAUAAAAUCUGAAAGUUUCUAUCAAUUCAUUUGAAUUGAAAAAGUUGAUGUACUGAUAAAGACAAAAUGCAAUAGAAGAAGAGUGCAAUGGAAACAGCUAUGGUAAAUUAAUCAUCACAUACAAGAAGCAUUUGACUUGACUUCAUCCCUGUUAUGACCCUUUUAUUAUAAAAAAAAAACUCACCCUGUGUUGCAUUGAAUUCUCUCAUGCCUCAGAAAAUCAAAGAAUCCAAAAAUAGAUAAAAUUCUUGAUGAAUAAAAGUCAUAGGCAAACAAGGUUAACAACAGCAAAAUGAUGAAUAUGUGUUUACAAACUCUACACAGGUUACGCAGUUUAAUCCAAGUCUCAUUUAUCCAGUCGUAUGCUCAGUUCUUCCUAAACAGACAACAAUCACCAUCAGUGAAAUAAAAAAUAAAAAUAAAACAAACUGCCUCAUGGAGGCAGCAGUAAACCAGCAGCUCCUGUGUUCAGUUAAGUAAAAUUACUGUUUUUGUCGUUGUCACCUUUGAUUCUGUUUUGAAUUGUACGCUUUUAGCGGAAAUGCAUGUGUUUAGGAAGUGCUUAGCAUUUGACUGGAUAAAUGAGACUUAGAUUUGUGUUGUGUGAGCGUUUGUAAACAAAUGUUUUGAUAAAGUUUCAGAUUCUUUGUUCACCAUGGAUGCGUGCCAGAAAAUCAGCGUUUCUUCAUGAAUUCAAUAUAACAUGGAAUGAGUCAUUUAUAUACAAAUGGCCAUUUGGGGGCUGAAGUAAUCCUUUAAACAUCCACUGAAGAGACACAAAGAAUUAGAUAUGUGUGAAGAGACAGAGAGACUGUAACCUUUCCCCCAAAAACACACUGAAACAAACAAAUGUCACAUUUACUUCAUGUUUUCUUUUGAUGAUGUCAUCUCGCUUUGCCCCUCUGCGAUGGUAUAACAGCACCUGGCAGAAAAAUGAGCUCCGCCAAGUGUUUAUCACCAAAUAUUCGCAUAACAAGAGUGGAUGGAAAUGUGCAUAAAUUCACAUUUGGCUGAUUUUUCGGUUGAGAUGUGCGCCACAUUUGGAUGGAAACCUCACUCCGCUGACGGAUUACAUCACCAUAAAAUACAGAUUGAGGAAACAAACAUGAGAGUAGAAGUGAAGACGCUUUAUGAUUCAAGUGGAGGAGGAAGGCGUCUCAUUCAUAUUCAGCUCUCAUUCAUAUUCUCCUGACACAUGUGGUACUACAGGCAGGAAGCACCAGCAGCUGGAGACUCUUAACCCCGUCGGGAUGAGAGCUUCUCUUCCCUCGUCGACGCUGAAUGAUGUUUUUUGGCCUCGGCUCCGUCUCCUUCACAGGGCAAAGCUCAUUUCAACACCCAUCAGCGCUGAGCUGAAAAGAGGCUUUAAAUAUCUCGCUGCAGCUGUUAAUAACAUGCAGUGAAUUACCCUGGAAGUGUGUUUUUUUUUUGCCCCGCACACUCGCUCUGUGGUCUAAUUGGUAGUUACAGCUGUAGAAUUGUACAGUGUGAUGAUGGUAAUGCCGCUGCUAAUGCUCAUCCCCUUCCAGUCUGAGCAUCAUUGAGUCAUAAGGCAUCAGUUCAGCCCGCAGGGGAGGAUUAUAUUUGUUUGUGUAGACAGAUACUGUAGCUCCAAACCCCCAAGGGGCCAGGGUGGGGUGCAGGGCUCACACAUUGAGAGCAGGAGACGUGUUUAUUUGAGCGUUUUCUUCAGUCAGGUGACAAGAAAGCUCUCUUUAGAAAUGACGAACUGCAGCUCGCUUUGAAAACUGUGAUCGGAAACAGCAAAAAAAAACUACUUUAAAAUACAGGAUUUUAUGGGUUUAAGAUGACAGUCUGUAAAUACUUUCAUAUUCAAAUUCUUAAUUUUAAAAGGUGAAUUAAAGGGUCAGUUCACCCAAAUCACAAACUCUGUCCCCACACAUCCCCUAACAGGCCAUCCAGAGCUUUAUUUUUUUGUGGCCUGAUUUUUAAAGACUUGAGCCUCUGCUUCGACAGACAGAACAGUAUUUCGCUUUUGCUGCUCAAAGCACUUAAUUAUAUAUGAAAAUAUCAGCUCGGAAACUUGUUUUUCAAGAAAGAAACAUGCUGGUGUUUUGCAUAAUUCCCAGACUGAACAAAGAAAGAAAACGUUGUCCAUUAAGUGAAAUAUUCACAUUUAAGACUCUGUUGUACUUGUUUUUUUAAUGGCUUCACUUUAUUCUAGGUGUCUUGUGCAUUAUUUUAUGCACAUGUCCCCAAAACGGGGAUAUCUUUGAAAACAAUGUAAUUUUAUAAACCAUGGGUGAACCACAAAAGUAGGAAUACUGAUGUUGGAUUUUGCAAAAUCGUCCAAUAUGCUUUGCUACUUUCACCCUCACCUCUUAAUAUGUGCACUUCCAUCCACCAGUUUUUAUUUUUUAUUUUGCAAUUUGCAUAAAAAACCUGAGUGGAAAUAACAAAGCUUUGGGAAAAAUUGCAUUAACACCCAUCAAAAAUAAACGUUAACGCUUGUUGGAGGUGGAAAAAGUUGGUGUAUUGAUAAAAUCCGACAAAGUGCAAUGGAAACAAGCAUUUUACGUUGAAUUUGUGAAUAUAUUUCCAUAACAGUUUUGAAUGGAUGGAAAAGGGCAUACAUUUGCUUUUGUCUUUUCCUAAUUUUCUGAAAAUUCAUUUACAAUUUAAGCUACAUUUGGAUGAAAACCUGUCUAACUAAUGGUAGAAAAUCAUGAAAACUGUCUGCGAUCCAUUUAUUCUAUUUUGUUUCAGUGUGUUAUCAAUUCACUUCAUACCCAAGAAGCCAUGUAAAUGUUAGAUGUCUCAUUCAACUGUUUAUGCACAUUUAUCAAAAUUUAGAGUUUGAACAAAGCUUGGCCACAUAACAUUAGUUUACGAAAAAAAGAAACAAAAAAGGUUAAUUAGCCUAUGAUGUCCUUUGGUAAAAUGACAUAUUUGUUUUGAUUGAUUCCCAUGAUACACACAUCCUCCUUAAGCUCAUGAAUGAUUCAGAACUUAUUUUUCACAACCAAACCCACAACCUUAGUCAUCGUCAGAAUUAUCAUCACAUACUUCAAACCGUAAACAAUACAGAUGAUCCACUGCAUCAGAAUCACUUAUCUCUGUUAUUAUUAUUAUUAUUAUUCAGGGAAGCUUCCAGCAGUAAAGACUGAAAACAAGGUCUUUAAAUUUAAGGAUAAAUGACUUUUGAAAGGACACAGUUUCAUCGACUCAUUCUGUUAAAUGCAGGAAAGAAGCUGUAAAUGCUGUAUGUCUUGUGUUUAAACUGCAGAGAUGUGAUGACUUCAGGUAUAAAUGAAGCAACGGGUGAAGAAUAGGAGUGCUGUAACUGGCUGCAAAAGCCCAAUGGUUUUUAUUUUUAUUUGACUGUUAAAAUUGUUUUUUACAAAAACACUCUUCAAAGACUCAAUUAUGGGAAUUUUGAGUGAAAUUUGUGUGCAGUCAAAAGACCCCAAUUUACCUACAAUUAGCUUUUUUUCAUGAGCUUGUUCAAUAGUUUUCUCGUAUUUGCUCUAUUGCUUUUUUGUCUAUGUUUUAAAGUAUAUGGGUAUUUAACACCUGUUUUUGUUAAAAUAUUAACACCUAGCCAAGAUAAAGAGAGUUACUGUUGCUUUUGUUAGCUUCACACCAAAGGAUGCAGUUGAAAAUGAUGAACAACAGUCUUACCAACUUAUCCGAAGUUGUCACAUAUCACCGCUUUACAGUGGACUUCCAUGUCUACAUAUUACGCCCUAAGUGUCCCGUCUGCGUCUGCUUUUUAUGUUUCAGGAUGCUACUGUGAUGUCAACACAAGCACAUGGUGGGAAGUGGUUAUGUUUAGGCAACAAAAGCACAUAGUAACCAACGCAAGGACAUCAACAAAUGCACAUGCUGGCACAAAUGGUUAGGAUUAGGAGAAGGUUGACGCAGCAUGCCAAACCUCGGCAUGUCAUAGCACCGCGACCAGCUCUGUCCAGCCACGUUCUCUCCUGACGCCGUCCAGUGGCGUUUCAUGCGCUCGCGAAAGGUGGCUUUUGGUGUCACAAUCUUGCGCUAAGCAUCACUGCCAAAGCAGCGCUAUUUUAGGAGUUAAUAAUGAGAACAGGCUUGAAACCGCUUGAAACUGAGAAUUCAUGACUGGACCUUGGUUUCCAGACAUUAAAUUGUAUUUUUAACCAGCAACUGUCAGUUUUCAGCUUUUGCACGAGAAAAUCCUUUCUGGAUCGUGGGUAGCUUCCCCCAAGAGCCAUUAGCCUAAAAUUCUAUAAAGUCUUAGCAUCCAAAACCGGCUUAAACUGGAUGUUGCAGUCCUUAUUUGAACUUUUUGAAAUUGUAAACAUGCAAAAUUACAUAGUUAGCUCAUGAUGUGCUGCCACUUGCUGUUAAAAAUAUUGCUUGGUUAGAAAACUAAGUUUUACUGGGGUAAGCGAGUUAGCUGGGCCUGCUAACAUUAGCAUGAAUUCAUUACAGCGUUACUCUUGUGUUUUUAGGGGGAAAAAAUAAUUUGCAUAGCGAAUGAAAUGUUGAAAAUACCAAAGCUUGUCAUGACCAGUUGCUGAGUUAUGAUUUGACAAUCGCUACUUUGGUAAACGGGUUUAGCUAACAGUCAGUUUCUAGCUUGAAAUUUUAUUUUGGCAGUUAGUUAAUAUUUAGCUAGUUAGCAGCAAACUGUCCUUUUAGCCCUCUGUCAGUAGUAAGCUAGUUAGCCAGGCCUGUCUACAUUAGCAUUAAUUGCUAACAGUUUUUCUCUUAUGUUUUUAGUGAACAAAAUGAUUUGAAUAGUGAAUGCUGAAACACUGAAAACACCAAAGCUUAUCGUGAUCAGUUAUGAUUCAACAAUCCCUUUUUUGGAAAAAAAAAAAAAAAACAGUUUUGCAUACACCAAAACAGUUUUGUUUGUUUAAAAAUGCAAAUGUUUGGGGAUGUUAGGGCCACUGUAACAAUGUCAUGGAUGUGUACAUUUAUAUUUUUGGCAUCAUGAAACUGAAUUUUAUUAUUUGUUUAGUGAAUUGACAAAAACUUAGACAGUAAUUUUUGUGUUGUAGCAGAACAAAUUUUGCUACCACUUUUUUAGUUUAGUAUAUUAAAAAACAGUAUUCUAUUUAUUGGUAGUUGCCUAAUUUUUGUCAAUAAGUCAUCUGAAUGCUGGAGUUGACCUGCACUAAUACAGUUUUUGUUUCACAUAACCCGUCACAAGAUUUGAUAUCAGCACUCCUAUUCGACAGGCUUCAUAGAUGUGAGUGUGAAUAGUGACAUGAACUAUAGUAACUGCACAGACUGAUAUAUUUUAUGCAUGUCGAGAUGUACAGAAUGUAAUAUCUAUUCUAUAUUUUUUAAAACAGUAAAUGUUAAAUGUUCUUAUUAGUAUUUCCCAGGAUUUCUAUUUGUAUUUACACGUCUGCAUGCUCGGUUUGAGACCCCAGGGUGUAUUACAGAUGUGAGACAAUCAGAUUGUGCUGCAGAUGUGAUACUGUUGUAAAACUCUGAUGAUGAAGUGCCUGUAACAUUUUGAGAUGAAACAUAUCCUCCAUGAUAAAAAUAGAGUAUCCUAAUUUGCAUGAAGCUUUCUUGUUGUUCCCUGUGAAUGCUGCUGUAGGACUGCAUGCAUGGGACGUGAUUACAAGGCCUGAUGUCUAGGCCUGGACCAGGACUGAGGUCCAAGUCCGAGUCAGACCAGGACUGAAGUCCAAAUCCAAGUCAGACCAGGACUGAGGUCCAAAUCAGAGUCAGACCAGAUUCUGUCAAGUUCAAGUCCACAUCAAACCUACAGAAAGUUAAAGCAAAGUUAAAACAAUGACCAGAGCUAACCAAGACACCAAAUUUCGCAAACAAAAAAUUCCUUAAAAAAUGUAAAAAGUCUAUUAUUUUUCCAUGUAACCGAACCCACUCAACAAACAAAAUGUUUACACUGUACAUUUCUAAAAACCAAUGAUAUGUCACAUUUGCAAGUUACGUUGUUAUUUAGUGGAUAUGUUGAAACUUUCUUUGCCUUUCAACAAUGCUGUGGUUAACAUAAUAGUUUGGUAGGUUUAUGCACCAAAACAGGUUGGUUACAGUUAUUUAAAAAAAACAUGUUUUGGCUUAAAUAACUGCUUUUUGGUGGCACACUCCUGGGUGGACUUUCAGCAAAG